UCUCUCCUCAGCUAGAAAUGACAAGCGAGCGUCUCACUCUCCUCUCGAGAAAACAAAAUCCGACUUUACACUAAUGAUUCUGCGUUUUUUGCAUGUUUGAACAGAAGCAAUGGAGAGCGACUGUACGGAUUAACUAGCCACUAACGCAACAUUCCCGGUUUUGACGGUAAUUUACACCGAAUACGCGGUUGUCUGUGGAGCUCAGGGGCAACUUAACCAACCUGUUUCGUGUGCCAUGAGGGAGUAAACCGUCCCGGGAGGUGCCAUGCUAGCCACACAGAUGCCCGAUACGCCACCCGAGGCUAAAGAUGUCAAACAGAUCAAAGAGAAGUUGGCACAGUCGCUCAAGGCCCUGCAGAAGCGGUAUGUAACAUCCGACGCAGUGGUUACCAGCGAAGACGGCGAUGCCAAUCUCCUCUGCUGUGCCCUGGAGGCCAUCUUCAUCCACGGUAUCAAGAGCAAGUACGUGCGCACGGAGGCUGGGGGCCGGAGCAGGAAGGGAGACCGAGGACCCCUCCCUCAGCCUUUCUUCUGGAGCCUCCUCAAGACCGUCACCCACCGUGAUGUGAUCACAGAGCUGGAGAAGAUCAGCUUCGUGGGCACGGACGUGGGGCGCUGCCGGGCAUGGCUCCGGCUGGCCCUCAACCACGGCCUGCUGGAGUGCUACCUCGCGUCGCUGUUUCGCGAGGACUCCAAGCUGCGCGCCCACUAUCAGCCCAGUGCCUUGCUCCUGGACACCGAGGAGCGAGAAGUUCUGCUCAGCUACCUCCAGGGUCUGGCGUCUCUUACAUUCAGCCUUUCUUACAAGUCAGCUGUCCUCAACGAAUGGACCACCACGCCGCUGGCUCUCUCUGGACUUUGCCCCUUUCUCCAGGCAGAAGCAAUCGAACUGCCCCUCAAUGGCGGAGACCCUCCCACCUCCAAGUACAAAGAAUCGUGGGACACAGUCUCUCAGUCGUCAAGCUCAUCAGACGCACUGGAUAUGCAGAGAGGGUGCCCGGUGUUGCUGUCGGGGAGAGGGUCAGGGGUGUUACAAGGGGGUAGAACUGCACUCAGCUCAUCUAACUUAAGCCUGGACACCACAGGCUCCUCUCAGCUCUCCUCCAGCUUGAGCUCUGACAGCUUCCUGCAGGGGCAGUACCCCCGCAGCCCGACAGGAGAGCAGUGGUCUUCAUGUGACCUGGACAUGCCCAUCAGUGUUAGCACCAAGAGGCCACAGAAAGAUUCCCAGAAUGAUUUUCGGGAGAGCGGCCACUGCAGUCAGGACUCCAUGCGUGAAGACUCCUUUGUCUCCAGCACGGGUCCAGAUCAGUACUCGGAGACGGCCAUUUUCAGUGGUUCUGACAGCGAGACCCAGGGUCCUCCUACACCAUCCCAAGACCAACCCUCAAACUCUGUACUGUCUGACUCAGAUCCACCACCGGCAGCCCUUGAGCUGCAAUCAUCUGAAGAGAACCAUGUGAGCUGCUCUCCCUCUGAAGUGUGCAUUAGUGCCUCUUCUGAGUUGCCCUUGAACAUGGACAUGCUCUCAACAGGCAGCGAGCCUGGGGAGUCUGUGGAGCCUGUAGAGGAAGAGCAUUCGACUGGUGUUCAGGAGAGCACGAAGCCUGUCCAGGAAGAGAAACAAGCAGAGACCUCAGAGAAGAGCACCUCGGAGCCUUCGGUGCAUCAAGGCCCACGUCGCUCCACCAGCGUCCUGAGCAGGAAGUUGUCCUCAGAUUCUCUGUCAAAUUCUCGUUGCUGGAUCUCUGAGGACGACAUCUACAAGCCCCAUCUGGAGGAGGUGACGGACCAUGACGAGGCGCCUCCUUCUGCUCCCACAGCUGAGCUCAAGGUCUCUCCGUCACCUCCCAGUGUCGUCCAUCGCAGACAAAUAGGGCUGUCCAACCCGUUUCGCGGCUUGCUGAAGCUCGGUCAUCUAGAACGACGAAGUGCAAUGGGAUUGUGGCGCGACUACUACUGUGAGCUGUCACCCUUCGAGUUCCGCCAGUAUCUGAACGCAGAGGAGCGGACGUGUUAUGACAACUGCUCCCUGGUGCGAUGCGAAGACGCUCGCAUCUCCUCCACCGAGGGCCGCUUCGAGCUGGCCUUCCCCGGGAAGCGACUGUACCUCCGGGCAGCCAAUCGCGACGAAGCUGAGGACUGGGUGGAUCGGAUAGUGGAGGCCGUCAACAAAUGCCGACCAGCAUCUCGUGUUGAUGAGCAGUGGGAGGUGCUGCAACCCUCCAGUGAGAAUGGUGUGGAUGUGUCGUCCCUGUCCUCCACUCCUUCCAGUCCCGAACGAGGUUUAUCAUCGUCUGACUCUGGGACAUACGGGGUACAGGAGGCUCCUCCUCUACAGGACUUUGACUGGACCCGGACUGCUGAUUUAGAAACGGAUGCCAUCAAAGAAGCUGUUUUGUACUUCUCCGUAGAUCCUGAGGCUCGGACAUGGGUACCUCUGGUCUUCUCCCUGUCCUUAGAGACCUUGAAAGGCUUUCGUGUACAGGAGGGAAGGAAGCUGUUGAGGCAAAACCACGCUAUUGAGGAAAUCCGGGACGUGGUGCCUGACGUCUCUCAGGGAGGACCGGCCUUUUUCAAAAUCCUGACCGUCAGGGAGACGCUUAGACUCAGGGCAGAGAACGCAGAUGAGGCUCGCUCUUGGAGGAAUUUGAUCCGUGGAGCUCUGGACUCCUACCUGGAGAGCGGGGAGGAUGGGAGCUCUGGGGAUACAGCUGUAGCACGCCUCGGGGGGGCUGGAAAUCUCCACAGACUGGUGCAGCACAGACUAAAAGAAGACGGUGCGCUUCUAGUUCAUCUGUGCACUGUGCCUUCGGAGAAAGGGCUGGACACACAGAGCUUUAAAUGUGCAGGGUGUCCUCAGCAGAUUGGCCCGUCCCGUGGCAGAGCCAGGCUGUGUGAGUUCUCGGGCCAGUACUACUGUGACUCCUGUCACCACGGAGACACCACCAUCAUCCCCUCGCGCAUGGUACACAACUGGGACCUCACACAACGCGAGGUGUCUAAGAAGGCCCUGCGGCUGCUGGCUCAGGUGGCACAUGAGCCUCUGCUGAAUCUGGAGCAGUUGAACCCAGAGUUGGUGAAGCAUGCAGAGUCCAUGGCUCAGGCCCACAGCCUGCGGCAGAAGCUACGCCUGCUGGGCGACUACCUGCUCACCUGUCGCAGCGGAGCCUGCAAGAAACUCCAAGCCAGAAUGGAGCAACGAACGUACCUGUUGGAGUCGAGCCACCUGUACAGCGUCAUGGACCUGCGACAGAUAGCAGAGGGCGAAUACGCAACCUACCUGUUGACGCUAUCGCAGCACGCCUCCAACCACGUGUUCCACUGCGACCUGUGCACUCAGCGUGGCUUCAUUUGUCAGAUAUGCCACGCCAAUGACAUCAUCUUCCCCUUCCAGUUUGACAGCACCACCAGGUGCAAAGACUGUAAAGCCGUGUUUCACCUGGCCUGCAAGGCUCCGGGGAUCUCGUGUCCUCGCUGUCAGCGAAUGAGGAAAUACCUUGAGAGGGAUCUGCAUUUCUGAGCGCAGCUCAUCUAACAGGCCACCCCCCUUUUCAGAAACAUGGAAGACAGCCGAUGGAGAGAAAAAUAAUAAAAUCUAGCUUUUACAAUGAAGUAACCUCAAGUGCAAUUAUGAGUGCGAUUUGCCUGCCCUAACUGACCUUAAAACUGAAGAGGAAGGUGCUGCAGUAGCUUGACUCUCUUGCACUAAUGUAGAGGCACAUUGAGCCUCAUAUUGCUGACAUAAAGCAGCCAAAUGUUACCGACCAGUGACAUUAAUACCUCUCUGUACUCGGAUUCAGCCACGGCAUCAAACAAAGGACUCGACGGCUGCGAAAGGUUGCUGCCAAGACAUUUUUACAUCAUUGGUUUUUACUGUUUGUUUGUCUUAUUGUGUCGAGUACAACGUUCUUAACCAUCAUGUUUACCAGAAAUGCUCCGUAGCACACUCAUCAUAUGUCACAUAUUUAAACAUAACACAGCAGUGGGGUUGGGUACUGUACAUGCUAAAUAUCUAAAACAGCACUUGAAAUGUUCUAACAGAUUUUGAUUGUGCCUUCUUAUUAAUUUAAGCUUUAUACUGUCUUCCUCUUGUCUUUCUUUUAGGGCCAAAAAUCAUUACAUAGGCUGUUUUUUUUCCAUAACUGUGAGAUGAAAUUACAUUGCUGCAUUAGAUACUGAUUUGUGUAAAGGUAGAAAUCAGUCACCAAGAAGACUUUGUGGAAUGUUUCUCUCUUAAAGUUUAUAAAUCUUAAUAAUAGGCGUUGAGAUGUGUGAUUUAAAAUCCAGCUCUGUAGUAGUGAUGGGAAUUCCAGCUCUUUCUAGAGAACCGGCUCCUUUGGCUCGGCUCACUAAAAAGAACCGGCUCUUUCGGCUCCCAAGUGGCUCCUCAGAUUUUUUGUUGCUUAAAAUCGUUCGCGACCGACCCAUCACUACUCUGUAGUCCCCAAAAGGUUCAGAGAUUUAAAGAAUAUAUUUGAUAAAACAAUCUGUGUGUGGUGAGCCACGCUGAUAUAACCCAUAAAGUUGCUGAAAUAAAUAAACAAUACAUGCGUGGCUGAAUUUUUAAGAUGUGCAAAUUACAAAAAGAUUUUUGUGAUAAAUUAUUGGAUUUCACUGAUCCUGAAGUCAAAAUUUAUUUUGCAUAUUUGCACUUAGCUGUGACUGUUAAAUUGAUAUUUCAACUAUAAUUUAGUUGUGAUAUCUUCUAGCAUGUAGAAUUACUCCUAAACUAACAAACAAACCUGCACUGCUGACAUUUUGCUCCUUUUUUUCAUCUCUUGAGUAUUUGACUCUGAUGUAGAGUUGAACUCACAGCAUUAACAUAUCUAUAGAUUGUUUUACGCAGAAUCUACAGAGAAGAAGACACAUUGAAGGAUUUACUUAUGAAGUUCAUUUUAAUAUAUGCAGAGCAUAUCACUUGCAAGUGGCAAGUACAGAAUACUGCAGUACUGUUAUUCCUCGUUUGUAUUUUUUUUAACUGUCAUCUCAUUUAUUAUGUAUAAAUGACUAUUACGAAAUAAAUGUCAGUGUGUUACGUUUUGAA